AUCGCAAUCCACACGGCAUUCGCUUUGGCUUUGAAUCAGAUUCUCACUCCCUAUAAAUAAAUAAUACUCAUUCCCCUCUCAGAAAUCUUCGUCGAUUCAUUUCGAUUCAUCCUUUUCUUCUUCUCCCGAUCAGAUUCUUCAUCUUCUCCCUCCUCAGAUUUCUUUGCCCUAAAUCCAUCAAAUUCAAAUCCAUGGCUGCAAACGGCUCCUACGAUUGGGCGGACCAGUGGGACUACAACGACUCCACGGACGUAGUCACAGAGAACAAGAAGAAGAGCGGCGGCGGAAACAGUACGGCCAAAUACAAGCAGAAGGUCGGCGAAGGGCUUGGGAAGACCAAAGCUGUGGCCUCUAAUGGCGUCAAAAGGGUUAAGGAAGGAACCUCUCUUGGCUUCCAAUGGAUCAAAGAUAAAUAUAAUAAAACUGCUCAUAAGAAAUAGAAUUCAUUCUUUUUUUUUCUCUGUAUAUCUCUGCUUUUCUUUUGCUUAUCUCUGAGCUCUGUAUCUUUUUCUGUUGGUUAUAUAGAUACAUGUACACCAUAGAUUAUUCUUUUAUUGAUAUAGAUUUCAUUUCAUCUC